AUAUGUGGACGAUACUAGAGCCGCUCUUAGGGCAUUAUUAUUCAAAGCGAACAUUACAAUGGGUUGUGCUGUGAUAUGCGGAACUAUUCCUUUGAUUUACAUGCAAUCCGUGGGCGUUGUCUGUCAGUAUCUUCCUGUGGUGGUGUCAGGCUGUGCCCAACUGUUCAUCUUCUCCUGGCCAGCAGACGAUUUAAGAGAAAGCAGUGUACGUUUCGCAAAGUCGCUAAAUGAUGUCCAAUGGUUAGGGAAACCGCGUAAACUGAAGAGCGCCGUUAUAGUUAUGAUGCAGAGGAGUCAGAAAACGCUUCUAAUGACAAUGAGCGGUUUCCUACCACCACUUUCUUUGGAAUAUUUCGCAAGCUUUCUGAGAACAGUAUCAUCCUACUUCAUGGCAACGAAAACUAUGAUUGAGUCUUAA